AUGGGCAGAGAUGAACGCAGCGCGCCGGUGAUGACCGAGAACGGCUUCACCAUCAACGGGUGCAGCUUCAACGUAGACCCCAAGUACCAGCCCAUCGACGCGAUCGGACAGGGCUCGUAUGGUGUGGUGUGCUCUGUUCGCAACACCGAGACCGAUGAAAAGCUGGCUAUCAAGAAGAUCACGCCCAUGGCUGGAGAUGAAUGGGACGCCACGCACACACUCCGCGAGAUUCGUCUUAUGCGCUGUCUUGGAGCCCACGAAAACAUCAUUUCGCUGAAGGACUUGAGCAUGUGCAAGGAGAAGGACGAGCUCUACAUGAUGAUGGAGCUAGCCGACACCGACCUGCACCGCCUUAUUCAAAGCUCUUGUCCAUUGACCGAGGGACACAUCCGCGUCAUCAUGUACCAGGUACUAUCAGGAGUCAAGGCGAUGCACGACAAUGGCGUACUGCACCGUGACUUGAAACCUGGAAAUCUCCUUCUCAACAAAGACUGCGAACUCAAGAUCACCGACUUUGGUCUCGCCCGGAUGAUGCCUAAGAAGGCCCAGCUAGGACUCGAACAAGCUGCCAACGAAGCACCGUCCAUGAUGACCGAAUACGUCGUCACCCGCUGGUACCGACCGCCUGAGCUCAUGUUGGCGCCCAACGGUAGCUACGACGGCGCCGUGGACAUGUGGUCUGUGGGUUGCAUCCUUGGCGAGCUGGUCUCCCGAAAGCCGCUGUUCCCAGGCACAGACUUCAUGGAUCAGCUCACGCGCGUCUUCCAGGUUCUGCCGGUUCCUGAGCCUGAAGACCGCGGCUACGUCAUCGAGAAGGACGCACUUAAAUUCCUGUCGUCACUCCCAGCUCCAGUCCCUGGUGCUCUGGAAACCAAGCUCGGUAACACUGCUGGGCCGCAAACACUGGACUUGUUGCGGAAGCUGCUCUGCUUUAAUCCGAAGGAACGCAUUUCAGCGGACGAUGCCCUGGCACACCCAUUUUUUGAGGGCGUUCAGGACGAGUGGGGCGAGAUCACGCCGCUCCUGUUGCCGCAUUCACUCGAGUUUGCAUUCGAAGCGCAGUCCCUCCCGCUCGCCACUCUACGGCAGUAUAUCUGUGAAGAGGUGCUUGCAUUCGCCACCAAGACAACUAAGCGUCAGCCGGAACCCCACGACAAGGAGCCUCAAGCCGGCAAGGCGGAGAAAGCUGCGGCCUCGAAAGCGUCCAAAACAUCGAAUACAGGAAACAACGAUACCCCCGCGGUACUCGAGAACGACUGCCCUGCUGGCUCAGGCUUCACUCUGAAGGGAUGCAACUUCAACGUCCCUGCGAAGUACAAGCCACUGCAAGUCCUUGGUGAAGGAUCAUACGGCAUCGUGUGUGCCGCAACAGAUACCGACACCAAGAAAAAUGUCGCCAUCAAGAAGAUAACACCCAUGGCUGGUGACGAAUGGGACGCCAAGCACACGCUGCGUGAAAUUCGGCUAAUGAGGUACUUCGGCAAGCACCCCAACAUUGCGUCGUUGCAGAACCUGAGCACUUGCAUCGAGAAGGAUGAGCUGUACUUGAUGAUGGAUCUCGUGGACACAGAUCUCCACCGUCUCAUCCAGAACCAAGAUGGCCAACAAUCGCGCCGUGCAGUCGACAAGACACAGGCGUUGAUGACCGAAUACGUCGUAACGCGCUGGUACCGCCCGCCUGAGAUCAUGUUGGCCCCCACAGGGACGUACAAUGAGGCAGUUGACAUGUGGUCCAUCGGAUGCAUCUUUGGUGAACUGCUGAACCGGAGACCAAUGUUCCCAGGUGCAGACUUCUUGGAUCAGCUCUCGCGCGUCUUCAGUGUACUGCCGGUGCCGCCGCGAGACAAGCGUGGCUAUGAUGUCGAGGGAGAUGCACUGGCGUUCCUCGAGAGUCUGCCACCUUGCUCGCCUUCGGCACUCAGCAAGUUGUUCCGUCGUGCAUCACCGGAGGCAGUGAGUCUGCUUCGUCGCUUGCUGUGCGUGAAUCCUGCUCGUCGCAUCUCGGCGAAGCAGGCCCUGGCUCACCCUUACUUCAAGAGUAUCCGUGCUCAGCUUGGUGAGCCUCCGGUCUUCCACGUAGACAAGGCCUUCGACUUCGAGUUUGACUACCAGGAGUUCCCACUGGCGCAUCUGAAGACACUUAUUCAAAGUGAAGUCAAGCUGCUUCAGAAGGAUGGCCUUGCUUCUCCAAUUGCACCACCCAAACCAGUUGCAGGUGCUGAAGCUCCACAGGAGACCGAGGACAUCGAUAACUCCAGCCCAGAACCAGUCAAGCCUGUGGCCAAGCAGGAAAUUGCUUCAAGGGUUGGCCGCGACGAGGAGCUCCAGAACAAGUUGGCGGAGGCCCACGAAGAGGCUGCUCCGGCUCCAGCACCCGAAUAUGACUCAGGAAUUGCUGCCACGAAGACGAAGGCGCAUGCUGAUCCUGAAGUCGACGAGGGCGAGCCAGCAACUUCGGACUCGGAAUCGGACGGCACUAAGCAAAACAAGCAGCAGCAACAGGAGGACGACGAGGUUGAGGUGGCAACUCAAAAGAAGGAACCGGCGCCUGUCAUCUCGGGCAAGCAGAACAAUGACGAUGAUGAAAAUACGCACACGAAUGUCAAGACCGCAAGUCGUUCAUCGCUGCCUGGGCCGCAAGCAUCAGCCGUUGCGAACGCUUCAUCGUCGACUGUUGCGCCACGCCGGGCAUCAGCGUCUUCAACCAGAACCACUACCACGUCAAGUUCCUUGGCACGCCUUAACAGUGCUGGAACUACUGCACGCCGUAGCUCGACUGCGUCAACAGCGGUCACGAGAAACAGUACCGGGGGCAUUUCGUACCGUUCGCAGCGGGACCCUCGCGACGAGGACGAAGUUUCGUCUAUUGCUAGCACGAGCAGCAACAACCGCGGGCACAACAACAACAAUGGGUCCGACUCGAUUGAACAUGGAGGCAAGUGGGGUCACCCGAGAUCCAGCGUGAUGGCCUCGACGGCUUCUUCGCGGCUUCACCGUUCAAGCGGUCACAGCGCUUCAACUUCGUCAAUCCAUGAACGCCGGAGCGGUACCGUGAAGACUGCGUCAACAGCCACAAGAUCCGGAACCUCACGUGCAUCCAUGACCAGCAGUAACAACCAGCUCAGUUAUCGUGGAGGCGAAUCAAUCGAUCGCGAGUCCGUCAAGAGCGACGCGCUGCGUGGACCCGAGCGCGUCAGCUCUACCCUUACUGCCGCUACAGCUUCUUCGCUUCGCCGGCAGUCAAACGCUGCUGGUUCAGUGAGACCGUCUUCAUCUGCUCGGAAAGAUUCUUUGCCCGAGGGAUGGAUACGUCGAACGCACUCGAAAAGCGGGCGAGAAUACUUCUACGAUACGCUCAAUAAAGUGGCGUCGUGGAAACUCCCGGCCAAGCACCAGCCGCUUGACAACAUCUUCGCAGGCGGAUCGACUUCUUCCACGUCGUCACGAGUUGCCUAUGGACACCGCCAAAAUGUCCAAGUUGUACCGGGUACUUCGUCGACAUCUUCGUCACCAUCAAGCGCACUUACGCCCGAAUCUUACACAAGUCGUGGAGGCAGCGGGUCGACGUUGACAAGCCGACGGACAGCUUCUGGGUCCUCCAGCAAUUUACCAAAGGAAUGGGCACGCCGCACAGAUCCUAAGACCGGACGCUUGUUCUACGUCAACCUCGUCACGAACCGCUCGUACGCCAAACUACCGUCCUCGGUCACGGCUGCUAUGCUUAACCUUGGCCGUGAUGCCGUUGCCAGCAAGCGCGCCGCCGCUGAAGCCCUCCAGCGAAAGAAGGCGACGGUACCUCACAGUCCUCAGUUUUCACAAAUGUCGUGGCAACGCAAGAGGGUACCCACCACCGAUGACUGA